AUGGACAAGGUCCUUGGAGUAAAGAAGCUGUUGGAAGAACGGCUAGUAAACGUUUAUUCAUGCUCACCCUCCGUCUCCCAAAAAGAAACGCCGAUGACUGGGUUCGAUAUUCACCGUGCUCUUAAACAAGGAAACCCAUCGCUUUUGCGUGAGAUCUUAGGAAAAGAGGAAGCAUACUUGGAAGCACCGGAUAACUUGGGAUUCACUCCACUCAUGUACUGUGCCCAAAGAAAUUUGCAGGACAUGAUGGAAGUACUGCUCGACUGGAGCGCUGACCCCAACACACAAGACAGCACCGGGAAAACCGCGUUGAUGUUCGCCGCGUUUAAGGGGAAUAUUGAAUGUAUGGAGACGUUGCUUGAUUGCGGAUCAGAUGUAAACAUCACUGAUCAAAAUGGCCUGACCGCGCUUCAUAUGGCAGUAGACGGAGAGCAACCCAGAGCUAUCAGACUACUGGUGAAGUCAGGAGCUAAGCUGGAGGCCAAAGAGGUUGGCAUGAAAUGGACCCCACUACUUCGUUGCGCGGGACUGAAGAACAAUGGGAAUGUUGAAGUGGCACAUGAGCUUGUGCGACUUGGGGCCGAAAUCGACGCUGCUGACGAAGAUGGCAAAACGGCUCUACAUAAUGCGAUCUUGAACGGUCAUCAUGAUCUCUGUGACUUUCUGAUCAAACAUGGGGCGAGCCUGGAGUUGACGACGCGCACUAACCACAACGCAGUAGAACUGGCAGAAUCCUUCGGGAACCGAGUGAGUCUAAAUUUAUUCGAAAUAAUUCGCGACUUGUUGUAG